CGCGGGCGCUGCCUCGCGCCCGGUAAGGGGGAGGGGAGCGCUCUCUCCGGUUCCGCCCCGCCAACCUGCUCAGCCCGGGGGCGGAGGGGCUUGGGGGGGUGGGGGGAAAUGGCGAGUCUGAUCCCCGCGACGGCUUCUUCUCCCGCCGGCGCCCCAUCCCGUAGCAAGAAGCGCCCGGCGAGCCCGGGUACCGGUAGCGGCCCCGCCAAGAAAAAGAAAGCGACGGCGCCGGGCGGCUCACAGGGUGCAGGUGGAGAGGCUAUGAACGAAAACAAAUUUCUGAACACAGACUCCAGCACAGGAUCAGUGGAAGCAACUGUCAAGCCUUUACCAUUUAAAGAUCCAAACUUCAUUCACUCCGGCAUUGGUGGAGCAGCAGCUGGCAAGAAGAACAGAACUUGGAAGAACCUAAAACAAAUUCUUGCUUCUGAAAGGGCAUUACCAUGGCAACUAAAUGAUCCUAGCUAUUUUAAUAUUGAUGCUCCUCCUUCCUUUAAGCCUGCCAAGAAAUAUUCGGACAUUUCAGGACUUCCGGCAAAUUACACAGAUCCCCAGAGCAAGCUGAGAUUUAGUACUAUUGAAGAAUUUGCCUAUAUUCGGAUGCUCCCUUCAGAUGUGGUUACAGGAUACCUGGCUCUAAGGAAAGCAACAAGCAUUGUUUCCUGAAGAGAGCAACUAUUAAUGUGUAUCACUUGUGAAGACUGCUAAUUUUGAGAGUCAUGACGGAAACUGACUGUGGGACUGAGGUUCCUUAAAACUAUCCGUGGAUAUUUACAUCUGGAAGUAGUUGAUGAUACAUGGAUUUGAAGAACACAUGGAUUUAAUUUUGAUAAAUGCUGAUAUUUGUUACUUUGCCAAUUUGUAAGCAAUUUGGUUUCGUGAACAGAAUAACUUAGACCUUAAGGAUACAUAUCUGCACCAUAAUGUCUGAGUUAGUUAUAUUACUUUCUGUAGAGACAGGAUUUAAUCUCCACCCUGUAUAUUUUACAUACUGCUCUGGCUCAGAAGAAAGAGUCAUUUGAAUUAAGGAAAAGGUACCAAGAUAUCCCAGCUUCUAAACCUGCUUUGCAAAUGCACUUGCCACUUGGCUAUGAGGGAGUUUGUCCCAUCUGUAAAAUGAAGCUAAAAUCCCUAGCAAGUGCUGGUGUUGUGAUGACUGUUUAUGGUACCAAGUACUAUGGAAAUGAACAGCUUCACACAAAUAUUUACAUUGCAGAACUGUCAGCAUAAAUAAAGUUGGACUCAAACUUGUUUCUAAAA